AUGCCUCCAGCAUCAGCAGUACAAAGAAUAUCCUCUUAUCCAGACAGUGGUUUGGGCUUAAGUUUCCUGCUGGGAAAUGACUAUGAAAGUAAGAAGAAGAAACUUCAGCAGGAGCUUCAACAGGACUAUAAACAAUAUGCUGCCCAGAAAAAGGAUCUCAAAACUAGCGAGCCUCGUCCACAACCCCAGAGUCUCUCCUUGCCUAUCGAUGAGAAGACUUCAGUUCGGGAAAAACUAAGAGAGGAGAGAAAUAAAGAAUACAACCUCUUCCUACAGGAAAAAGCUCGAUUUGGAAGGUUAAAGGGGGAAACAUCUCCUGUCACUACAAAGCCUGGACAGGUUCAAGCUUCAGAUGUAUACAUUUCCUCUUCAGCUUCUCCUCUGCCCAUCCUUAACACCCAUACAACAAACACACGCCAUCCUCCAAGGGAUCGCCCUGCAUCCAAGAGAGAUGCUGCUACUCUGACUGAGGCAUUGGAAGAUGGAAAAUGCACACAGACUCGGGGUACACGCCAUCGGGUACGAAGGCGCUGGCAGCUCCAUGGACUGAGGGAGCCAUACAGCUCUGAGGAGGAGCCAAUCACAGACAACGAGGAUGAGUUUGACUUCAGACAUAGGAGGCAACGAGACAGACACACUCCAGAGCCUGAGUACAGAGAGGAGAGGAGAGUCAGAGUACGCAGAGUUAACAGAGCUCCUGAGGAAAAAAAGGAGGUGGAGGCCCCUGGUGUUCAUGAUCUGAACAACAAUGAAUGGGUUCAGGAGUCAGAUCUGCAAAUGCCAGACACCAUGAGGACUGCUACAAGAUCUAGACCUGCUACCAGCAAGGAUAAGGCAGAGUUUGCAACUGGACUAAUGAUUGGAGCAACAGAGGAGCAGACGGCCUCUCAGAUGAGGAAAGAACAGUAUAAGCAAGAGCUGUUGAAACAAAUUGCUGAGCAGCGGGGAAACAAGAUCAGGGAGAAGAAACUUGAACUGGGGGUUGCUGCCAGUGGAGUCAGUGACCCAGAGAAACAGCCCGACCGAAUCAAGCAGUUUGGGGCUAUAAAUCGGCAUUAUGACAGUUGGAGACGAGAUGUCCCUUACAAGCCUGGAAUAGAUCUGGAGGCCGGAGAGAAAGAGCUGAAUCCAAGGCCAACUGAUGACAAACCCACUAAGGACACACAGCAGAGAGGCCGCUCAGGAAAGUCCCAUGUGGACUACAGCGCAGCUCUCAGUCAGCUGACAGAAAAGACAGUGCAGGGAAGGGCAGCUCAAGGUCUCUCCUCCCUGGACUAUUUUAAUGACAACUACCACAGGGACUUCUCAAACAUGCUAGGAGAGGUGGCCAACCCGAGGGUUGCUGGUCUUACUGUUCCUGUCCCUCCCACUGUAACUAAUAAUUACAACACUCCACACGAUGCAGCAUAUUACUACUAUGGAACCAGGAAUCCAUUAGAUCCUAACCUACCUUACAAUACAAAUGAUCUACCUGGAGGGGCGCAGCAGUCCUGGAAUUUCUACAGUCAAGGACCACCUCCUCUCAGACCCAGUGGCCACACUGAAGUAACUGAUCAGCACCGAGCGUAUCCCCUGGAUGUUCGAGAGCCUCCUGCAGAUGAGUCCAAGCGGAGGAGAGAGAACGCUCUGAGCUACCAAGAAGCACUAAGACAGCAGAUCAGAGAAAGAGAGGAGCGUAAGAGAAGAGAGAAAGACGAGAAGGAGCGAUAUGAUGCCAAGAUAGAGGCCGAGAUGAUGGCGUACAACCCCUGGGGGAGAAGCGGUGGAGGUGCUCCAAUUAAAGACCAAAAAGGCAACCUUGUUAGUGACCUGAGUCAAAUGCACAGGACCAACGAGGAGUCAUAUAGGAAUCCUGGAUCCAGGAAUAGUGGACAGACACAAAACUUUUUAAUGAGGAAUGGUCACACUCCCAAAGUUGAGGCCAUGACUUCUCUUUCCCAUCAACCGACAGGUUUCAAUGAUCAGCCAACUCCACAGCAGCUCCACAUGCAGGACAGAUACAAAGAAGACCUGAGACAACAGAUAGAGCAAAACAAGCUAAAGCAGGCAGAGGAAACAGAAAGAAAGAGGAUUGAGGAGGAGAAAGAAGAGAAGAGGCUGGCAGACCAAAGGGCUCACAUACAGCGGGAAUAUGAGGAGGAGCAAAGCAAGCAGAAGAAGAAGAUUGAGCAUAGCCUGGCAAACCAAGAUUGGAUCCAUGAACCUAGAAAAAAACACCAGGAGGACAAAAAGAUGGUGAGACAGGAAGAAGAGAUUAAAAAGAAGUUACCUGAGAGCACCCAGGACAGAGAGGAGAAAAAGGCUCAAAUGAGUUAUGAGAGAGCGCCAUCUCCUCCUAUCCCAACCUUGCAGAGGAGGCAGACAAAUCCUGUGGCAUCCAGACCUUCAUCUGUUGUGAGCCAUCUCUCUGCAAGGACUGAGCGCUCUGCGUCAGCACCACAAUCCCGAGCAGCCCUUGCGAAUAUACCCCAGCUACAAGAUGGUCAGCAGGAAGUGAUGAGAGAGCUGUCAGCCCUCCGUAGAUACCUGAGGAAAGAGCAGAGACAACUGGAGGUUCAGCUGGGCCAGACAGAUCUACAGGAGAGUCACUACACUCCCCCCAACAGACCCAGAGUACGACCCAGAGUGGACACCUUUGAAUCAGCGCACAAACAAACUGUCCAGCCAUUAACCAGGAGCCCCUCCUCUGGUGCUGCACACUUUAAUAUGCAAAAUAUCAGGGAGUUCAACCGGCUUAAAUACAGAGACACAGCAUCUCGUGAGGAGGUCCGUCACAUGUACCCUGACCCUCCCACUGAUGCGCAAACUCUGGACAUCCAACAGCAGGCACUUCUUCGUGAACAGCAACGUAAAACCAGACUCAUGAAGAGAGAGAAAGAGCAAGACUUUUUGGACCAAAAACCGAGCCACUACCAUUCUCAGAAUAAACCUGGACACCUCAUCCAUAGAGACUCCAUAUUGCCAUCUGAGACUGCUUUUAUUGAUGUUUACAGCGGUGAUGCAUGUGAAGAGUGGGUUCAUCGGCAGAGACCCCGUCAGCCCUCAGCAGAGCGCCAAGAGAGGACAGCCCCGCUGAGGAGACGUGACUAUGAUGAGGUGGCUGAGUGCAUGGAUCGGAGGGACCGUAACAUCCAGCGAGAUGCUCAGUCUGUGCAGUCCGCAACUAGUUUGAACCUUGAAUCCAAAGUCAGGGGCCACAACCACCACCGCAUCACUAGACAAGACACUGCUGAUCCCAGUGACAGAUCAGAGGGGCCGUCUGGUGAUGAAGUGGAUGUCUUGUCUCUGCAUUCUGCCCUGGAGAGGCGUGUCUCCAUGGAGACUGUUGCCACAGAGGCCUGGCUGCGGCCUGGCACGUCAGAUACUGUAAAGCGCUCCAGCUGGAGGGAGAAGCCAAAUGGUAGGAUUGAUGCUCCACCCUGGCUGACACACCGUGUCACAUAGCUCCCAUUAGCUGUGUGAGGCUUGAAUCACUGUAUACUGACCAACAUGUUAAUUGUGGGAGUUAGAUGACGCAACAUCAAAAGCUUUUUAGAGACCAGAGUCUGCCUGUAAAAAUAUUAAUGUCUGUUAGUUUAGACAAGAACCAUCUUAGUUUGACCACUCAGCAUAACA